AUGGCGUAUGGUCCGGUGAUUUUCCUGGAGGAAAACGUGUCGCGGCUGCUGACGUCACAUGCCGAUCUUUUCUCAGGCGCCUCUGACACGGAAGAGGAGCUCCGGCUGCUAACUAACGAUCUCGUCUCUUUCAAGACUUUGCUGGAGCCCGAGUCAACAAGGUCGAAUAAAGACACACGACUCAGGGAAGUUGAAAGGCAAAUCAAGAAAGUUGUGUAUGCCAUUGAGGACACGAUCGACGCUUGUGUGACUCGUCUGGCCGCGGCAGCUGCGGACUGUAAAUAUAUCUCCGGUCGCAGACGAGAUCUCGUCGACCUGGCGCCUCCUGACCUGGCACAGCUCGUCAGGCCCCUUAGGAAAGAUGAGUUGAAACCUGCCAUGGACAGGCUCAUUGGGACCCACAUUGCUAAGGUACGAAUAGGCCACGGCAAAUCUGAUGGGUCGAGACAAGCAAAGCAGCAGCCAAGGCUGAAAAAGACAGCCUCAAUCAUGGGAGGCAGCAUCAUAGGUCUGGAAGAUGAGGAAAGAAAAUUAAUCGAAACUCUGAUCGCGGGACGAUAUUCUCCUGAUGAGAUGGGCAUAACCACCCUCAUCGGCAUGCCUGGCCUUGGGAAAACGACCCUGGCUUGGAAGGCUUACCACAACGAGGAAAUCCAACGGGAGUUCCCCACCCGAAUAUGGGCCACUGUCUCCCGAGAGUUCAACCCAAGAAACAUCUUUCUCGUCAUCCUCCACGAAUUCACGAGCAAGGACAUGUCCAACGAGACAACCUCUGACCUGGCAAAAGCUAUUCGUGCGUCUCUACAAGAGAGGAGGUUCCUUUUGGUCCUGGACGAUGUGUGGACGGCUAAGGCAAUGUCUACAAUCACGUCUGCCUUACCCACGAACAACGGGAAGGGUCGAGUCCUUGUCACCACCCGUCAUCACGGAGUCACUGAACAGGUGAUAUAUUCCGAAGCUUCCAACAAGGGAUAUUAUUCUAUUGUACCACCCCAACGGCUUCGUUUCUUGACGAAUGACGAAGGUUGGCGACUCCUUCAGUUCAAAGUAUUCGGAAAGGAUGGGCAGUGUCCUCCCCAGCUGCAAGGGCUAGGGAGGCAUAUAAGCGAACGAUGCCAAGGAAUACCGAUGCUGUUGUUGAUGAUAGCAGGUAUUCUUAUGGACUACGUCUCGAAAGCAAAAACAAGUGUUGCCAUCGUGAAGUCGUGGAUAGAGCUAUCUCAAAGCCUGGACAACAACGGUGAUAUCAAGACUUGCCGGAUUCAUGACACAGUGCACGACUUCUGUAAAGCGGAGUCCGAGGGGAAAGAGCAUCUCUUCCAAGUAUUGACAAAAAAUGCAGAUGGAACUUUCAUCAAUCCUUCUCAAAACAAUCAGCACCGCCGCAUUUGCAUUCAUUCCAAUGUCCUGGAAUUCUUCUCUCCAGAGCCGUAUGCCCCAGGCACUCGUUCUUUCCUUUCUUUCUCUGGCGAAGAAAUCGCCUUGCCGACCGAGGCCAUACCGAAAAUCCCAGGCGCCUUCGAGUUGGUGAGGGUUUUACAUGUCAAGCCCCUCGUGUUCAGAAUAUUCCCACUCGGGCUGACUCAGCUCGUCCUUCUCAAGUACGUGGUCCUGUCUAGCGACUUCAAAGUCCUUCCAGAAGCCGUUUCCAGGCUAAGAAACCUGCUGACUCUCGUAAUCCAUACAUCGUCCCGUACUUUGGCAAUCAAAGCCGAUAUUUGGAGGUCGAUGGUCCAGCUGAGAGACUUGAAGACAAACGCGUCAAUUAUUCUGCACAAAAAACCAGCAGCUGGCAAAAACCAAGGAGGGCAGCAUCUUCAGACGCUGGCCAACAUAUCACCGGGCGAUUGCACCCUCGACUUGUUCGAGCGAGCACAUCACCUCAAGAAAUUAGGCAUUCGGGGAAUACUUGCCACUAUGAAUUUCGACAACUUGGGAGUACUAAAUGAGCUUGAGAAUUUGAAGCUGCUGAAUGAUGACAUCCAUGAUAUCAUGACCCCACUCAGUCUUCCUCUUCCAGACAAAAAUUGUGAGGAACUUGAAUCGCUGCCCCAAGUGCUUGCAGAUGUACCGUGCCUUGAGACAAUGGUCUUGCGUCGGCUCAGUAGGACGGCUGUGGCUUCAGCUAGAAAAAUCCAGCAGCAAAUAUUGCAAAACAGAGGGGACUGUGGAGGAGAAGAAACUUCGACUAACCGGCGUGCAGCUCCAGCGGACGACCGCCGUCUUGGUGACCCAACAUCCUUGCGGCGGAUGGCAGAAGCAAUGGCUAUGGGUUCUCCGGCGGAUGCGCCGACCAGGGAUGUUGCGGAAGGAGGAUCAUGGCGGCGGGCUGGUAUCGUGUGUGUGUGUCCGACAGAGCAAGGCUGUGGAGAGACCGGCGGACGGCGGCAAUAUAUGGCGUAUGGUGCGUUGAGUUUCCUGCUGGAAAACGUGUCGCGGCUGCUGACGUCGCAUGCCGAUCUUCUCUCAGGCGCCGGAGCGGAAGAGGAGCUCCGGCUGCUGACGAACGAUCUCAUCUCUUUCAAAACUUUGCUGGAACCCGAGUCAACAAGGUCGAAUAAAGCGACACAACUCAGAGUUGUCGAAAGGCAAAUCAAGAAAGUUGUGUAUGCCAUUGAGGACACAAUCGACGCUUGUGUGACUCGUCUGGCCGCUGCAGACUGGAAGAAUAUCUCCGGUUGCAGACGAGAUCUUGUCGGCCCGGAUGACCUGGCACGGCAUGUUAGGUCCCUUAGGAAAGAUGAGUUGAAACCUGCCAUGGACAGGCUCAUAGGGUCGGGCAUAUCUGAUGAGUCGAGACAGAGACAAGGAAAGCAGGACGAGCCGAGGCUUAAAAAGGUAUCCGAAUGA